CAGCAAACAUGGGAAUGGAGCAUUCGGAAAAGACAGCAUACGAUUCAGAAGUGGAUAACGCUUUGAAAUAUGAACAAACACACAUUACUUCAGACUAUGACCAAUCUGAGCAACAAACGACCCAAAACGAUUCAGACGCAAUAUUCGCAAAAGCUUCAUGGCAAUACAAGUUAGUUGCGUUAUGUACUGCAUUGCUACUUCCAUUGGGGUCUCAUUUUUCUUCAAGUGCUCUUAGUGCCCUGAAAAAACCUAUCAAAGCGCAUCUAGGUAUUGAUAAUGCUAAGUAUGGUGUUUUGUCUUCUUCUGUUUCAAUCAUCAAUACUGUAUUCCCUAUUCUCGGUGGUCUUUUUAUUGAUAUGUUUGGUUCCGUUUGGGGUACCUUGGUUGUCAAUAUUUUGGUCAUCCUUGGUAGUUUGUUAACUGCUAUAGCUGCCAAAUAUUCCUCUUUUCCUUUGAUGAUUGUUGGCCGUGUUGUCUUUGGAAUUGGUAGUGGUCUUAUUGUGACAAUGCAAGAAUCUUUAUUAUCCAAAUGGUUCCGUACUAAUAACUUGGCCGUUGCCAUUGGUCUUCAAUUAUCUAUUAGUCGUCUAGCCACUUUUCUCGGUACUUUGGUUGCUAAUCCAAUUGCUUCUGCUACUAAUGACUGGGUUUGGCCGUUCUGGUUGUCUUUUAUUCUUUGUGGAUUCUCUAUCUUGAUGAAUGUAAUAUAUGCAUUGAUUGUGAAAAGACUACGUGGUGAAUUUACUGCCUCCAAAGCCGAACUCGACAAACUCAAAGCAAAGAAGACUUUCCACUGGCGUAGUGUGCUCAAGUUCCCUGCUCUUUAUUGGCUCAUCAUCUUGAUCGAAUUUUUAUACGCUGCUGUCUGGUCAUCAUUCCAGACCAUCUCUACUGAAUUCAUCAAUCUACAUUUCCAUACUACUGAAAAUCUUGCUGGAUAUCAAGCUAGUGCAUCUCAAGUCGUGCCUAUUGUUGCUACUCCUCUGUUGGGUAUUUUCAUGGACGUCAUUGGUCUCCGUAUCAUUGUUUUACUUGGAUCUGCUAUCUUUCUGAUUCUCAGUACAGUUUUACUAGGCUGGACCUAUGUCAAUGCAGUGGUGGGCAUGGUGUUUUACAGUUUCUCACUUGCUCUUGGUCCUAUUGCGAUGAUUACUUCGAUUGGUAUGAUUCUUCCAUCUGAUUAUAUUGGUACUGGAUUGGGGAUUUACAAAAGCUCGAAUAAUAUUGGUACGACGAUUCUUGAUAUUGUGGUGGGUGUGGUGCAAGACAAUACUGCUAAUCAAGCAUACACAGGCGUCAUGAUUCUCUUUUUAUGUUUAGCAUGUGUGGGUUUCCUUUUAAUCUCUUUUCUCUGGAUUGCUCAACGCGUGUGGUAUCAAAAUGCUUUGGAAGCCGGCCGCAAAAAACGUCAAGCUUAUAUGCAAGAGAAAAAUGAUCGUGAAAUCGAACUCGCCAAAAAUGGUCAAGAUGCUUACGACGAUGAUGCCUUCCCUAGAUUGGGCUUACUUUCUGUUACUAUCUUUAUUGCUGCUUUCAUUGUCGCAUGGGUACUCUUCUUUGUCUAUGCUCUCAGUGGUAAUGUGGAUGCCUAGUUCAUUAUAUAUAUAAUUUUUUUUUAUCACUGCACUUGAUAUCUGACUAUUGGUCUUAUACUCCCUCCUCUUUUUUUUUUUUCUUUCUAUAUUUAAUAAACGCUUAUACCUUAC